AAAUUAAGUUGCUUUUUAACUAAGGUUAAUAUCUUCUAAAAGUUGCUAUAUAAACUAAGUUCUGCAUAAACUUCUGUACAGUUUCAAUAUAAACCUGCAGUGAAUAUUGUCUAACAUUGUAUUAUUUGUUAUUACCGCGUUCCCUGUUGCAAGAUACGCAUCUGUCAGUGAAACUCAGUCAUUUUAUGUCUAUCGGUGACCAUUCGUUACAGUGAAAAUGACAAAUCUAUUAUUUAUUGUAUUAAUUUUAACAUUUGCCAAUAUGAGCUUCAGCUCAUCUGUUAAACUGCAAACAAUAACCGAAUUUAAAUAUAUUGAUUAUUUGUGGUCAAAUGAAAUGCAGAGGCAAAAAGCGAUAGAAUCUGGCAAUUAUAACGCUAGCUCGUGCGUUAUAUACGAUGUAGACCAAUCGCAAGAUGGUAGAAUAUUCGUUACUGUGGUAACAGAGAAGGGAGUACCAGCUAGUCUGGCGACAAUUAGUGACAAAGAAGGAAAGGGAGGACGACUUUUAAGACCGUAUCCAGAUUGGUCAUGGUAUAAUAAUGGUAACGAGACUAAUUGUAAAAAAAUUAUAAGUGUAUACCGGGUAUCAAUUAAAUGCAACCACAUGUUCGUUUUGGAUUGUGGCCAAAUCGGAGACGAUAAAGUUUGUCCUCCGAAACUAUUAGUCUUCGAUUUAGGCAGAAAUAAACUUGUUCAUAAAAGAAUUAUCCCACCACAUAUCGCUACUAACAAAAAUGGCACUGGAUUGUUCGUAACACCACUCGCUUAUGUUAAAGAUUGCCACCGCAUACAUGAUGCGACCGUAUAUAUGUCUGACAUUAAGGGUAACGGUUUGGUGACAUACAACAGACGUUCAGGCUUCUACAGAAUUGAAUCUGAUUUCAUGAAACCAACUCAUCCUAAUUUUACCAUACAAAACAUUAGUUUUUAUUUAGAAGACGGUACUCUCGGAUUAGCACGUAUUCGUCAAAGUUUGUUAUAUGCUCCUUUAGCGGGGCAUAAAGUACAUAAGAUGAACAUAAAUGAUCUAAAACAAACUCUAAGCAAUAGCCAAGCUAAUAGAUUAACUAAAUUGGCGGGUACAUUAUCUGGCCAAACGGGACCGAUAGCAUCCAAGGGUAAUGUAUUAUUUUUCAGCAACGUCCCGGAAAUGUCCAUUCUGUGCGCGGAUGCUACCCGCAAAUUCGAUCCUAGCAACACUGAGGUCAUUGUGCAAGAUUCCAAAAUGCAAUUUGUGAGUGGACUAAAAGCGAAGUGGAAUAAAAUACUAGUUGCAAUAAACCGGAUUCAACUUGUUUUGAAUAAUAUAUUAAACCUAAACGAGAUAAACUUUCGUAUUUUCCAAAUGGAUAUGAGACAAAUAACAGAGCAGACAAAUUGUUUCAGUCAUUGGCAAUAUCAUAGAUAUGAUCCGAGAGCAGAGUUCAGCAGAGGAUUCAAUGAUUUUAGACCAUCCGUUAUAACGAAAAUGACGAAUCCAUUAUUUAUUGUAUUAAUUUUAACAAUUGCCUGUAUAAGCUUUAGUUUAUCUGCUGAUCUUCUCAAGCUGGAAGAUGUAACCGAAUGGAAAUAUUGUGAGUAUCGGUGGAAAAAAGGACAGAAGGAUAAAUUGACAAAAAAUGGUAUUUAUAACGCCAGCGCUUGCGUUAUGUACGACGUAGACGCUGAUAAUAGUAGAAUAUUCGUUACUAUGGUAGGGAAGGGAGCUGCCGCUACUGUGGGGACAGUUUUAACCAAAAAAGUACCGGGAGGUAACGUUAUAAAACCGUAUCCAGAUUGGACAUGGUAUAAUGAGAAUAAUAAGACUAAUUGCGACAAAAUUAUAAGAGUAUAUCGAGUACACAUCAAAUGCAAUCACAUGUUCGUUCUGGAUUGUGGCAAAAUCGGGGAAGAAGCAGUUUGUCCUCCGAAAUUAUUAGUCUUCGAUUUAGAAAAUGAUAUGCUCGUUAAACAAAUUAUUAUCCCACCACAUAUCGCUAAUAACAAAAAUGGCACUGGAUUGCUCGUAACGCCGCUUGCUUACGUACGAGAUUGCAAACACAUAAAUAAUGCGACCGUAUUUAUGGCUGACAUAGAAGGUUUCGGUUUAGCGAUAUACAACGAAAAUUCAGGCUUUUGCCGAAUCGAAUCUAAUUACAUGAAGACGACUAAUCCCAAUUUUACGAUAGAAAACGAGAGUUUUUAUUUGGAGGACGGUAUUUUGGGUUUAACGCUCAUUCAGAAAGAAUUGUUCUACGGCAUCUUGGGGGGAAACGAAAUGUAUAAGAUGGAUAUCUGUACUCAACAAGACUGUAAGGAACUAAACGAAAACGAGGUUGAUAAACUAACCCAACUGGCGGGUACGUUGUCUGGUCAAACGGCAGCGAUAGCAUCCAAACAAUGCGCAAUAUUUUUUAGCAAUAUUCCCGACACAUCCAUUUUGUGCCAAGAUGCUAGUAAACAAUUUACUUCCGACAAUACGGUGGUCAUUGCGCAAGAUCCCGAAAGGUUACAAUUUGCAAGUGGGAUGAAAGUUGUAAAUCAUGGAAAACAGUUGAUGGUCAUGACAAAUAGUUUCCAACGUGUCAUGACUGGUACAUUAAAUACAAACGAGACAAACUUUCGCAUUCUCGCAAUGGAUAUGGGGCAAAUAUGGGACGAGACAGAUUGUUUUGCUUCUUGUAACGGGGAUCAUACUACCCCUAAACCUACCCCUAAACCUACGCCUAAACCUACCCCUAAACCUACCCAUAGACCUGGUCCCGGUGGACAUGGCCACGGUGGACAUGGUCACGGUGGACCUGGCCCUGGUGGACCUUGGCACGGUGGACCUGGUCCCGGUGGACCUUGGCACGGUGGACCUGGUCCCGGUGGACCUUGGCACGGUGGACCUGGUCCCGGUGGACCUUGGCACGGUGGACCUGGUCCCGGUGGACCUUGGCACGGUGGACCUGGUCCCGGUGGACCUUGGCACGGUGGCCCUUGGUACGGUGGACCUUGGCGCGGUGGACCCUUGCAUGGUAGGCCUUGGUAUUUUGAUAAGAAUGAUGAACCCAAUAAAUCCAAUAAGCAUGAUAAAUAUAAUAAAUAAUAUAAAAAAUAUUUCUAAAAAAACUUUUCUUAAAAAAAAAAUGAAACAUAUGCCAAGAACAUAUUCAAAUUUGUAUGCAAUAAAUAGGAAUCUACAAAAAUUUGUAAAAAUAUAUAUGUUUUAAUGUGAUUCGUACACAUUAAAAACUUUCACAAUUUACUUUGAUUUUAAACUCGUUUUAUGCAACUUAGCAUCUGUAAAAUAGUAAAUUGUUUUCUAAUAUUAUAUGUAGAUAUUGUAUAUAAAAUUAUUCAUAUACAUAUAUAUUAAAAGAAUCAUUUAAGAUUGCAAAAAUCUCACGUCAUUUUUAACAAUUAAUCUAUUUUGCAAUAUUUUCUUUACCAAAAAAAAUAAUAGUG